GACGUUGGAGGUACUGCAACUCAUUUUUGGCACUUUGUUUUCGAAUGUCAAUGCUUGUGGCGUACUCAACAACGUACGUGCGCGUAUCCGAGGAACUGUGACCAAGAUGGCGUGUCCCCACGGAACAAACGUCGUAGUUCCCCGCAACUUCCGGCUGCUGGAAGAACUGGACGAUGGUCAGAAAGGAGUCGGAGAUGGCACAGUUAGUUGGGGCCUUGUCAACGACGACGACAUGACUCUCACUCACUGGAAUGCCACCAUCAUCGGCCCCCCUAAGACUGUCUAUGAAGGCAGAAUAUACUGUCUGAAAAUCGAAUGUGGACCCAGAUACCCAGAUCAUCCUCCUCAUGUACGUUUUUUGCACAGGAUCAAUAUGGUUGGAGUACAUUCAUCGAAUGGUGUUGUGGACAUAAAGGCACUGCCCUGCUUGUUCAGAUGGAAAAACAGUUACACAUUGCGUAUGGUGCUCACGGAGCUCAAACAACACAUGACAAUGAAAGAGAACUACAAGCUUUCCCAGCCCCCUGAGGGCCAAAUGUACAACUGAUACAUCUGCCCCUACCCCUCCCUGUCAUCGAUAUACACAGAGAAACACAUUCACAGACAGACAGACAGACAGACCACAUUCCACAUAUUCAACACUGGCUACACCUCUUUGGCUACACAAGUGUCAUUUUGUUCAAGAUCCCAGAUGACCAGCUCCAUCAUGUGAAGCAUCCCAUUGGAAAGCGGGAAUAAUAAUACAGGUGACUUCCUCACCCAGUGCCCAGUUAGCCAUUUUGGUCCACAGAGAAGACAUUGACCUGACCAAGCCCAAAAUAUUGUGCAUUUGAUUUAUUUUGGCCUGUCAAUUCCUUUAAAAAAAAAAAAAAAAAAAGAGAAACCACACUAUUUUACUCUUCGUCUGAACUAGAUUCCCAUGUCCCAUACGAUAUUUAAGUCUAAUAGGCUCUUUUAGUCAUGAAUAAGAUCCCCACUUACUGAAUUCCCAAAGAUGUGAAUUAGUUGGUUCUUUUAAGAAGUGCAUGUCUGCUUCAAGUGAGUGUAACUAAGGGGGGGACAUUCAACAACUUGUGUAUCAACAAAAGCACGGCAGGCUCAUCACUCAUGUUGGAAGAUUUCUGUUUGUCAUCACGUUUUGUGAUGGUGUCCGAUUCCAAGCAACCUGUGGGGCGGGAGAGGGUUGCGUGGCGAGAUCUCUAAAGAGAAACCGAGGAUGUGUUUGGAACUUUUCUGGAUCGCCACUUGACAGUGGCUUGUGCGGAGUUUUUUUUUUCCUUUAUAUUUUAUUAUUUUGGGCGUUCUUGUUUUGGUUUCUUUAGUUUCUGGGCUGACCUGCGUGGGCCUCCUGAAGUAGUCAACUUUGUUUAUUUUUUGAGUUGCCACUGAGCAAUGUACGGCUUUGGAUGUUUAUUUUAAUAACAGGAAAAUUCAGUCAGGGUGAUGGGGACCUGUUGCAUGGUUUUGUUUGAAUUAAAUGUUAUUACUUUUGCACUUUGUGUAUUGUGAUUGUGAGAAGAGAAAGCAAAUGCUCUGAACCCGGACCAAAACACAUUUCCAUCAAUCACUGCAUUUGAUGGUCUCUUGUAUCUUAAUGGUCACAAGGUUGAACCAUACUGCGUAAAGUGUGUAAGAACCAAAGUCUUCACAAAACUCGGACCUCUUGAAACAGUGACAAAGCUAACCAUUCAUAUCCCCACCAUGGAAUGUUCACAUGCCAUUUUGCCUGCUGCGCUGCAUUGGAAACUCUGAUUUGCAAUUUGCAACAAUUCUUCCCAUAACAAAUAAAUGCAUGACAAAGU